AUGGACGAAGAUGUAGACUUUAUUCUGAACUUUGAUGAGGACGUUUUCGAAAGCAAAUUUACUUACUGGAACAAAUUGCCUGCUCGUCUAAAAAUUGAAAUCCUACGAAAUCUUCCAUAUCCAACUUUGAGAAACUUUAUGUUUUUGAGCAGAGAAUGCAUGGCUCUAGCGUCGAUUGUGAAGACUCAUGCUUAUGGUGUAUACCUCCAGAACAAACCUUUCUUCGGUUAUCCAGAGGAUAUUGGAAGCAAAGAAACUUCUGCAACCAUCACUGUCUAUUACAUACCUCCCGAAGCAGUUGGGAUUCCAGAUUCACACAAGCCUUUCACUAUGGCCUUCGUCGACGUUGAGAACGGCGAUUGCAUAGUGAGAAGGAAAAGGGAAAAAAGAGGACGAUGGAUCAUCAAGAACGGAGCCCGAUACCGCAAAGAAAAGUCCUGCUCGGCUGCAAUGCGAAUGUUUUUCCAGCUCACAAAAAAUAUCAAAGCAGAGCACUUAGCUGUUGAAAUGGGCACGGACAACCCAGUGAUUGAGCGCCUACUGAUGGACCUACCGCCCUCAGCUUCCCUUACAUGCGAAAUGCUUACUGUUCGUGCAGAAAGCGGUGCUCUUCCUCCUUUGCUGCUCCGUUUCGUCACUCCUGGCUGUGGACUUCGCAUUUACAACAUCUUCCCUUUCUCUGAUGAAAUUUUUAUGGAUAGUACGUUCUUUGAUCAUCAAGUGGUUCGAGAAGCUCCUGCGUUUGAUACUGAAGCCAUGAUCGCAAUCACUGACGACCAACUUUCUUGUCUCAAAGCGCAAUGGAUUUGUAUGAAAGCUCCUCAUGUGUCUUCAAAAGGCAUUAACAAAAUAAUUAUGGUAUGUCCUCUCUAA